ACGUUUUCGUUGAAUAGUUGUGUUAUUGUAUAAAUUGAAAGCGUACUCCUGUCUUGGUAAAACAUAUGGCUAGCGUUAGCCAUAGCUGACAGUCUAAUCUCUGUAGGCCUCACCCUGCAGUUAAGUGCAGUACAUGACAGAUGAUAGUUUCGUCUUUGAGGCACUUUUCACGCUUUGAGCUUUAGCUAUCAUGUUUUCACAAAAGUCAGCUACUGGAGGACCAACUGAAUUGGGUAGAAAGAAGAGUAUUUGCAAACUCUGAACCUCAUAAGUUUUCCUUUAAUGAUCAAAACGUAAUAUGGCGUCGCCUUGAAGUGUAAAAAUACGUUGCGUCAUUAACGGCAUUAACGUUCAAGUAUGUAGUAGCUUUACAAAUACACUUUGAUGAAUUCGUAACAGUUUUAAACACUGUUUAAUGUGAUAACUGUUUUCAUAUUAGUUGUCCUUGACAGCCUGUUGAAUAGCAAACAUUACAUAACAAGGAGUAACAAGAGUUGCAAAGACGUGUACUUUACAAUGACAGUGCAUGUUUUGAGUUUGGUUUGAAUGUUGGCUUGGAGAAAAAUUGUUGACAUUUGAGACGCAACACCUCUCCCAGGAUUGCUUUCUCUGAACCCUGACCCAUAUUCACAGGGAUGAGUUACCAAGACAGCAACGCAACGUGAAACUCCCAAGGCUUGGCAAUGCUCCAGUGUAGACACUACGCCUGCCAUUCCGAGGGAGUUUGGAUUCAAUUCAGCUCUUCGGCUUGACUUGCAAUUCUCCACUAAAACGCCAGGGGCACUGUUUUCACAACGGUCAUUGACUAGCUACAAGGAAGUAAUAUAUAAUUGCUCAUAUUUACUUAAAAAUGAUGAAAGGUUUGGAGACGCAGGUGCGAGCCUGUUAAAAAAAACAUUAGUGCUUGUAUCACAAUUACAGUUGUCCCUCGCAAUCUUGGAGUUCUUUUAAAAAUCAAUGAAAUGGGUCCUGUUUAGCAGUACGAUAUGGUUUAUUAUUAGUCAAAACAUACUGAAAUGCGUGUGCUAUGCAGCAUUCUGGUCACAAGGCUAUAGUAAUGCCACAAAACAUUCGGACAAACACCGCACAAAGUCAGCCAUGUCAUGUCUGACAUGAUGAAGUGGGAAAAAAAGUUAUCCCUCGAUCCCAUGUGGAAGUGUUUUGGCCGAUGCUGACUGAUUCAUGGCGCUGAUUGGGGACGGACAUUUACUAGACAACAACAUGGACAUGUCAAACUUUGCUCACGUCAUCUUCCAGAAUGUAUGGAAGAGCUACCUGCCUCACGCUGCCCUGGAGUGUCACUAUACCCUCACGCAGUUCAUCAAACCACACGCAAAGGACUGGGUUGGCAUUUUCAAGGUCGGCUGGAGUACCGCAAGGGACUAUUACACAUUCCUGUGGUCCCCCCUCCCUGAGAACUAUGUGGACGGCACCGCAGUCAACAGAACAGUGGUCUUUCAGGGAUACUAUGUCCCCAAUGAUGACGGCGAGUUCUACCAGUUCUGCUAUGUGACCCACAAAGGGGAGAUUCGGGGAGCCAGCACACCUUUCCUGUUUCGUGCCAAGAGCCCCUCAGAGGAAGAGCUGCUGACUGUGGAGGACGAAUGCAACUCCGACAUCCUGGUGGUCACCACCAAGGCUGGCUUUCUUGAGCAAAAGGUGGAAGAAGCCCAGAGAGACAAAGACGAGCUGGUGAAAAAGGUGGCUCUGCUGCAGCAGGAGAUGGAGCAGUUGGAAGCGGCCAAAGAGAGCCUGCAGAAAGAGUGUGAGCAGGAGAAGGAGAACUGUGCCAUGCUCAAACGACAGAAUCAGGAGGUGCAGAGUUCUGCCAAGGCCCUGCAAGAGGAGAAGGAGGAAGUGAAGAGGAGGCUGGAGGAGGCCACAUCCAGGGUGUUACAAUUGGAGGAGGACCUCAUUGGAGUCACCCAGAGAGGCCUGCAAAAGGAAACUGAGCUUGACUGCCUGAAGGAUAGAAUGAAGAAACUCACUGCAGAGAAGGAAACCCUUGAGUCCCAAGUCAACAACGAGAGAGAUGAGAAGGAAUUGUACAAGAUUCACCUGAAAAACCGUGAGUUGGAGAACACCAAGCUAAGUGCGGAGCUGCAGGUGCUGAAGUCGGUGGAUGUAAACAAAGACAACACUAUCGCUCAGUUUAAAGAGGAGGUGGGACGCCUGCAGAUGUGCCUUACAGAGAAGGAGAAGCAGUACAGAGAAAUCAUGGCCAAAGUUUCCCCCUUGGGAGAUCUGAAGGCACUGAAGGAGCAACUGCGGCAGAAAGAGGAGCAGCUCCAGGCCAACCAGCAGCAGUCCUCCCUGCUGGCCGCCGAGCUGAGGGACGCGUCGAGCACCCGCGACCGCACCAUGUCCGAGCUGUACCAUAUGAAGCUGGAGGCUGAUGCCCUACGACAGGCCAAAGCCGAGGCUCAGGCUCACUGCGCUCGCCUGGAGAGCCUGGUGGAGCAGAUGAGGGCGGAGGCCAAACAAGAGGCUGCCAAAGCAGAGGAAGAUCUGUGCAGCACAGACCCUGCUCUCGUGGCAGAGCUGCAGAGAGAGGUGGAGGACCUUAAGCUGCGGCUGCACAUGGCCGCCGAGCACUACAAGGAGAAAUACAAGGACUGUACGCGGCUGCAAAAGCAAGUGCUCAAACUGUCUGAGCAGCAAGGGGAGCAGAAGAGGGGCUCAACACAAGAGCUGAUGACGGUACCGCCAUCAGUGAGUCCAGACACGUCAGUGCCAGGGAGUCCUGGUUCUGCAGAUCCCAUGCUGGAGGCCAUCAUCCAGGAGAAGCUCAAAGGCCUCAGCAGAGAAGCCUCUGACAGGAAUGAUAAAUGCAGGAAAUACAAGCAGAUGUUAAUGGAGGAGAAGGAGCGGAGCUGCAUGUUUGCCGAUGAGCUUUCCAAGAUGGAGCUGAAACUGAAGGAGCAACUGAAGGCUAACGAAAACCUGAAGCUGCAGCUGGCGUCCGAGGAAGACCGCUGCAAGAGCCAGGUAGCCGAAAAGGGGCGGGAGGUGAAGGACCUGAAGGACACACUAGCGCUCGUUGUGAGAGAGAAGGAAAAACUGGAGGAGCUUCAGAAGAACACCAAGAAGGGAGAGCAGGGGGCCAGCGGGAAAACCAGUCUGGAGAAUGUUCAGUCCAGUGUGCCUUUAUUCCUGCAGUACCCCGUCCCGUAUGCCCAGGAUGCCCCCACCCCUCUGUUGGUCUCUCAGAGCCCCUCAAAGCUGCACUUCGGGAACCCUUACACCAUCUCCGACUCAAAAGACGACGACGACGACGACGAGGAUGACUCAGAUGAGCAGCUGCUUCGUCUCCCCCCCGUGGGCCCACCCUCCUGGGACAGCAACGUGGUGUGUAUCCAGCCCGCCCGCAACCAGGCCCGGCCCGAAGGCCGCGAGGACUCUGAGGAGAAACCGAGCAACAACAACAACAACAACGUAACAGCCCGUCCGCAUGUUAAUGUGAAUGAAAAGUCCACCACAACGGAACCCCCCAACCCAUUUGCGAACGACGGACAGACUCCUUUUUGCUUUGAUCACAGCAUGGACAUGAAGCGAUGCCCGCUCUGCGAGGUCAUCUUCCCGCCCAACUACGACCAGUCCAAGUUCGAGGAGCACGUGGAGAGCCACUGGAAAAUCUGCCCCAUGUGCAGCGAGCAGUUCCCGCUGGACUGCGACCAGAAGGCGUUCGAGAACCACGUGCUCACCCACUUUGACGGCCACAUGCUCAACUUCGACUAGAGCCGACGCCGUACCUGUAUCCUCUUUUUUUCCCCUCCUUGCAUGUUUCUCUGGUGUGAAAAUCCAUUCUCGCUUUCAUAGAAAAAUGAUUUAAUCUAGCGUACGUUGCAAGAAUACACAAUCGCUAAUCUUUUUCUUUAUGACUUAAAUCCAGUAAACAAGCCGCGUGGAAAAACGGCGUGCAGUAAAACGUUACUAAACAAUUUAUUUUCGAAAAUAUUUCUAUUGUCAAAGCCUUGAUGCCGGGUGUAUGACUUUAUUCUUUUUCUAUCUAUCAUCGUUCAUUCAUUGCAUGCUCACAGCUUCUGUUAAUUCCCCUCACCUCACCGGGUUUUAUGGCUCUUAAGUUAUUUUAGCCACAACUUGUUUUACCUGUUAAGUGAACCAAUAAAGUUUGAAACAUGAGAA